AGAGAGGCUGUUGGGGUGGAAAGAGAGACUGUUUGUGAUCAGGCGCCGGAGCGGAGCGGGAGAGGUGAAGGGCAAAGCGGGCCCACAGGCUGCGUGGACGGCAAGGGAAGCGCUCCGGGCACGCAGGACCCACCGACAACAUCCGCGGCGGCCGGCCUCAGCGGGUCCCCGGGCCUCGGGACCCCCUGCCACCGCGAGUGCGCGCCCGUCAGCGCCGCGGCAGCGCGCGCGCCCCCCGAGUCGCCCGGAGGUUUGCGCAGGCGCGGAAGGUUGUGGGGAACCCGCUCCCGGGCGCGUCGGUUUCUCGCGUUGCCGUGGAAACCACCGGCCAGCGAGGCUCGGGAGAGAAAGACGCGUCUGUUCAAGAUGGCGAAGGACCUGGACGAACUUCUGGAUGAAGUCGAGACCAAGUUCUGCAGACUCGACCCCUUGAGGCUGGACCUGGGUGAGCGGCCCAAAGGCGACGGCGGCGGCGGCUCGCACAGCGGCGACCGGAACGGAGCCCAGGAGAAAGAAACUCUCAGAGCAUGUGACCGACUGCGUUGUGUAGCCUGUGAUUUCCGGAUAGUGAGCUACAAUGACUAUAUGUGGGACAAGUCAUGUGACUACCUGUUCUUCAGAAACAACAUGCCAGAAUUCCACAAACUCAAAACAAAAUUGAUCGAGAAGAAAGGAGCACGGGCAUAUGCCUGCCAGUGUAGCUGGAGAACUGUUGAAGAACUCACUGACCUGCAGACAGAUCAUCAGCUUCGCUGGGUGUGUGGUAAACACUGAGAGUGCAGACAGCGGCACCUGUGAGAACAAGUUCCGGGUACCAGCUUGGGUACCAGUGCACAGCAGUAUUGUGCGCGCUGGGAAAAGGCAACAAAUGCUGUGUAACCACACAUGUCUGAAGACCAAAUGGACUGGAAAAGGCAUGCGUACUGUGACACCUUGGCAUUCUUCCUUUCGACGUGGACAUUUUACUUAGGUUAAAAUAUCUGCGUUUGCCAGCAUAUCACCUUUUAGGGACUGAAAUAGUGACAUCCCGUGCAGAUUUACAGCUUUUUUAUAGCAACUGCCAUACUGACUGCUAAUGCACUCUAAAAUGUUCCUCAUGUGUCAUCGUUGUUAAAGAAUACCCACUGGCAUGGCAGAGAGGUCAUUGUAUAUGAGUGUUCAUGGCUCUUCCUAUUCUGAUCCAUCAUUGUCUGAGACUAUAAGUUGAACAUGACAGAAAAGCAGAUGACCAUUGGUUAACUGAGGAGUUGGCAAGAAUACAGGAACAUUGUAACCCUGCCUUUUAUGUAUCUCAUCUUGCCUCACCAACUCAAUUCAGUAUUAUGCAUAAUAGUAAUAAUGAUGUUACCAGUUUUAGUGUAUUUCCUCCUUUGCUCACUGAAAUAGCAAAAGUUGUUAGUUUUCUAUUAGCAAACAUAUAUAUAUACAUAUAUAUGUUUUGAUGCAACUAAAGUUACUAAAAUCCUAAAAAUAAGUCGUUGUUAGACUUUUCAAGUAUACUCCAUAACUCUAAAUGAGCAGCAGUAAGAUGACUUUCAGACAACCUGUAUACUUUCUAAUAGUAUCAGGUUGGCCCAUUCUUUAUUGAAGCAUAAAGAACCAAUGGGUAGCUCGUGGGCUCCUGUGAUAUCACUGAGAUGGGAGGAACUGUAUCAUACAUAGUAACGUUCAAGAAAUGCAUUGCCUCAGUUUUACCUCCCAGCCCCAUAGACAUUUCAGGGCUUUUCUAGUCUGCUAGAGUUCUUUUCUGUGUGACCAUUUCCUGUGUGUGUAUUACUUAAGUGUGUGACACUGGGCACUCUGAAAGGAAGUACAUUUUAGCCCAGAUAUGAUCUGCUUGCUUUUCAGUUAACUCCAUUCUUGCCACCAAGCAAAUCCUCUGAGUGCUAAAAGCUUUUUCCUAGGCUAGGGUCUAGCUUGGCAAUAGAGUACUUGCAUUGCAUGUACAAGACCCUAAAUUUAUUCCCAGUGGUACAAAAGAAAAAAGAAAGACAGAGAGGCAAGCUUUUCCUCACCAUGACACAUUUAUGUACUUAAAAAAAACUUUAAUUGCAGCAAAAGAGAUCUCAAAGUGGCUGAUGCUCAAGUUUUUGUAUUAAGAUUAUUUGCAAAUUUUAUCUUUCAAUAAACCAAUUUACUCCUCAAAA